AUGGAUUAUUCUGUAAGUCAUCUUAGUAUAUUUUACUUUGUAAUUUACUUUUUUAGUCGACUAAAAAGACUAACUUAAAGAGUGAAAGAAACAAUAAAUUUCAUUUUUAGUACAUCGUCGUUCAAUGUGAAGAGAGAACUCGAAAUGUAAUGGCGCAGCUUGACGGAACGGUCAACAAGCAAAGUUUGCGAGAUGCGUUUCAUAUUGGCAACGACUUGUCAAUUUCAUUACUUCGAAAUGGAAUAGCGUUGUCGUAGGUUAUAAAACACUUCUCUAAAAGUAUUAUUUAGAUGAAAAGUUUGAAUAAUUUAUAAAGGUUUUUUUAUUUAAUCUUUCAGGUCGACAGAAGGGAGCUUUCGAUUGGGGCCUAAUUGGAAGAAAGCAAUAUUUUCGUUGAACUACCAAAAAUUUUGA